GGGCGUCGGGGCGGCCCGGCCCCACCGAGAGGCGGGCUGAAACCUGCGGGGAACAGACGGGGCCGGAAGGGUGUGGCCGCCGGUCCGGCCCCGCCCCGGGGCCGCCUCCCCGCGGGUUCCGUUGGCUGUGGCGGCAGCUAAAGCUGUGGCGGCGGUGGCCGCGGGGCGGGCGUAAGAUGGCGACAGAGGUGGCGGGGUCCCUGGGCCUGCUGUGGGGCUGGCUGUGGAGCGAACGCUUCUGGCUGCCUCAGAACGUGAGCUGGGCCGACCUCGAAGGGCCGGGCGACGGUUACGGCUACCCGCGGGCCCGCCACAUCCUGUCCGUGUUCCCGCUGGCGGCGGGCGUGUUCUCCGUGCGGCUCCUCUUCGAGCGGUUUAUUGCCAAACCCUGUGCACUCCACAUUGGCAUCCAGGACAGUGGUCCGUAUGUGGUCCAACCCAAUGCUAUACUUGAGAAGGUGUUUAUAUCUAUGACCAAGUAUCCUGAUGAGAAAAGGCUGGAGGGCCUGUCAAAGCAACUGGACUGGGAUGUUCGAAAAAUCCAGUGCUGGUUUCGUCACCGGAGGAAUCAGGAAAAGCCUCCAACGCUCACUAAAUUCUGUGAAAGCAUGUGGAGAUUCACUUUUUAUUUAUGUAUAUUUUGCUACGGAAUUAGAUUUCUCUGGUUGUCUUCUUGGUUCUGGGACACGCGACAGUGCUGGCAUAGCUAUCCAUAUCAGCCUCUCACAAACGGUCUUUAUUACUAUUAUAUUAUGGAAUUGGCGUUUUAUUGGUCUCUUAUGUUUUCUCAGUUUACAGACAUUAAAAGAAAGGACUUCCUGAUCAUGUUUGUGCAUCACUUGGCCACCAUCGGGCUCAUCACCUUCUCCUACAUCAACAACAUGGUUCGGGUGGGAACUCUGGUCAUGUGUCUACAUGAUGUCUCAGACAUUUUACUGGAAGCAGCCAAGCUGGCCAAUUAUGCCAAGUAUCAGCGACUUUGUGAUGCACUUUUUGUGAUCUUCAGUGUUGUUUUUGUGGUCACUCGUCUAGGAAUCUAUCCAUUCUGGAUUCUGAACUCAACACUCUUUGAAAGUUGGGAGAUUAUCGGACCUUAUCCUUCUUGGUGGCUCUUUAAUGGCCUUCUCCUGGUCCUGCAGGUUCUGCAUAUCAUCUGGUCCUACCUGAUUGCACGAAUUGCUUUCAAAGCUUUGAUCCGAGGAAAGGUAUCUAAGGAUGAUCGAAGUGAUGUAGAGAGCAGCUCAGAGGAAGAAGAUGUGUCCACCAGUACAAAAAGGCACUGUGGUCGCAGCUCCAGCAAUGGUGCCAAUCGGGUGAAUGGUCAUGUGAGAGGCAGUUACUGGGCUGAAGAGUGAAGUAAAUGGUAUGAGGACUUCAGCACACAUGAACUUGUAGGACCACUGGCAACCUACUCUUGGACCUCCCACAUCUUUACUCCUUUGACUAGGAGGUCUGCAAGGCACAGAAGAAAAUCAAAGAAGCAAAUAUUUUCACUUUUUUUUUUAACUUUGCCGUUUUAUAUUUAAUAGUCUCCAAGUUUUCAGACAAGAUGUUAUUUGCUGUGUGUGCGUGUGUGUGUGUGUGCGCGUGUGUUUAUGUGUGUGUGUGUAUUUGUGCAUAUGCAUGAGUUCCAUUGUCUGGGUUGGGGCACAAUUCUGGACAGUGUCACUAAACCUUGCCUGGUCCAUUUUUGAACCCAUCUCAAUCCCAGAUUUGGCUGCACCUUGAUUCAUGCUGGCUCUGGACUGUCCCCUCCCUUAUUGCCCAUGGCUCUUGAAGCUCUGACCAUCUGAAUGGAGCAGUCAAGUUCACUUCCAAGUUUCUGUACUAUUUCUCCUUGAGCGCUGGAACAUUUCAUAUGAAGAUGUAUAGAAACAAGUGGAUGGAUGGCCAGGAUUGCUGUGGUUCUAGCUAGAUCCCUUUCCUAUCACCGGACAGUGACCUGGACCGCUGCUGAAACCCUGCUCUUUACUCAAUGGUACGCAAGGAGUAGGGGCGGGAAAGUGUGAGCUGAGGGCUGGAGGGGGACAACAGCCACUGGGUGACCUGUUAAUGGUUUAUACUAUUGUUUACUCUUCUAUGAUUAAAAGUGCUUCAACCCACCUCUGCUGUCUCACCUCUUCAGUGAGUCUGUCGCAAGUUCACCAGGUCUGUGAGCUAAUGAAGAGCCUUUAGUGCUGGAGAGGUAGUAUAAGGAUUAGGGCAUUUGAGUUGUAUCCUGCUUCAGUCUCCAGCACCACAUGGUCCCUCAAGCAUCAAUCUUGGCAUCCCCCCAAAACUUUCUCAGGUCUUGGACUAAACAGAAGUUCAGAAUGCUAGAGCAGGAGCCCCAGAUUCAGCCCCCUGGUCUGCAUGUUUCCUGGACACUCAGCACCGGUAGGUAUAGCCCGGAAACAAAAAGGAUUUUUUUCAGUUCAGAUUCUGGAGGCCUUUAAAUACCAGAAUGUUCUUUCUUAUGCAUUGCUGGGAAAAGUGCAUGAUGUUGGUUGAUGAUUGGGGUUUUUUUGUUUUGUUUCUGUGGUGGUAUGUUGUGUUGCUUGUGAUUCUGGGAUCCAGCCCAGUGCCUCACAUGUGAGGUAUGUACUUUACCACUGAGCCACAGUCCUAGGGAUUUACUUUUUUUAGGGGGGCAAGGGGGUGUGGUUUUUCUUUUCUUUUUUUUUUCUUUUUUUUUUUUUUGUAUUUUUAUUUAGUGCCACACCUCACAGUAUUCAGGGGCUACUCCCAGCUUGCUGCUCCCAGAUGACUCCUGGCAGAGUUAGGAGAAAAAGUAGUGUCAGACAUCUGAGGUCUUCUGCAUCCGAUCUCCCUAGUCCCGAGGCCUUUAUGUUUUAAGAAAAAAUAAAAACAUAAGCAUAUAUGUUACUAAACCAGCAAGGGUUGUGGUUGAAGAACUAAGAGUUUAGAUAUUAUUUCCCACUUCACUGAAUACAGAAGCUGCCAGUUAUUUUAUCAGUCAGGACCAGGGAGAUUCAAUAGGCUGGAGUGUAUUGUAGGAGUCCCCGCCCAGUUCAGUGUCUGGCACCAGAUGGUCACCUGAGCCACUUCCUGGAAUAGCACUCCAGAUUGCCUUGUGUGACCCCAAAUCAAGACAAAUAAUUGUGAUAAAUAAAUCUAAAUGUUUUCUCUUUUUA